GAAAAGAGGGAAUGCGCCUUUUUCUUCUCUGGUAUCAGAUUUUAAAUGACAAUGCACCUGACGAUUUAGAUAUUAUGUUUAUGGCAUUGGUUCCUGGUAUCAUUCCUGAGUCCCAGAUUCCUCCGUCGUGGUCUAAUAUAUCAUAUAAAGGAUUUUUAACUCAAGAAUCAUUUUCAGAAUCUUCAGUUUUCUAUGCAUCAUUGAAUCAAGAUGAUAUAGGUCCUGUUUAUCCUGGUGAAAUACAAGCAUUAAUUCCCUCCCAAAGUAGUGAUCAAGCACCCGAAGAUGUAACUCGUUUCUUCUUAGAUUCCCUUUUGGAAUUAAUGGUAUCUCAGGUAAAUAUUCUUUUAUCAGUUUUUUUAAUAUCUGUAAUGAAUUAUGAAGAUAAUUAAUUAUUUUCACUGUUAAAGAACUGUAGAAAAUAUUUUA